AGUUGAAUCACACCAAGUCGGUUAUUCAUGGAUUUCUUAAGUUGUUUUUCUGUUAUAAAAUGUUUCAAUUAAUCUAAUUGUCUGAUUUUCACUAAUUUGAAUUUGCAUUGUUUAUAUAUAGUUAUGACUUUAAUUUAUUUUCUCACUUUCAUAGUCCUCUUACCGUGUGUUCAUCUUGAUGAAGCUGUCAAAGAUGAUUAUAGUGAAUCUCUUUUAAUAAAACCUCUUCCAGAUGGAAUGAUUUACAAUCAUUUUCAAUUCAAGACAAUACUGCAUCAAGAUAUUGAAUAUUUACAUCUAGAAAACCAUUUUGAUCGAUUUCCUUUGGCCAUCGGCAAUUUCAUCUCUAAAAAUCUAAUCAAAGAACUAACUUUCAGCCUUGGCCGUGGGCAUUGGAAACUGAAUACUUGGGGUUACCCACUAAGAUAUCAGCCCAAUGGUGCUGAACUAUGGGUUACUCUUCAAAAUUUCAAUCCAAACCCUUGGAAAUCAUGGAAAGACAUCACCAGCACACUAUCCGGACUUUUUUGUGCCUCACUUAAUUUCAUAGAUAAAGCUGCUACAACAAAGCCUAAAUUUUCUCUGAAGCCAGAUGGUAUAUUUAUCAAUGACUCAUAUCGACCUGAUAAUGUUUUCUAUGCCAGUUUGGCUCAUGAAGCAGUUUGUACUGAAAAUUUAACUCCUUGGAAAAAGUUAUUACCUUGCUUUUCAAAAGCCGGUUUAGCAUCACUUUUAAAUGCUGUCCAAAUAUUUAAUUCAAAUUAUUUCGCACUCUCUCUUGAUGUCAAAUCGAUUUGCCGCAAUCCUUCCUGCAAUGAAACUUCUACAGAAAUAACGCAGAGUGUUCAGGUGGUCUUCAAUCCUCCAGCUAUGUUUGAAGGCAAGCAUCGUUGGUCCAUUGUCAAGUUUUUUGGUACCUCAUUGAAAGAAGAAUGUAAACUUGCUAGUUCCAGCAAGAUUUACGUGGAAACUACUGUAAAUGACACAGAUAACUCAUACAACUUAUCACCUUUACCUGAAACUAGCAUCGAAUCAGAUUUUCAAGGAGAAAAAAGGCGAUUUGCUGUGUACGAUGUGAAAAAAAUGAUCGAACACAAUAGGAAUAAUAAUGUUAACAAAUUCAACAUUUAUAGCAUGUAUCAAAAGGAAUACAUCUACAAAAAGGUUAACCCACCUUACAUCACUGCCCACCGUUAUAUUACUGGAUAUGGUGUUUAUCUUGGUGGUAUUACUUGUAGAAUUACUAAUAGUUUAACAAAAGCGCAAAAUGUGACAUAUCUCGAUGUCAUACCUUGGUAUUUAAGGAUUUAUAUACACACGCUCUCAAUUACAAGCAAUAACGUUGAGAUUAAACCAAGUAAACUUUAUCACAAACCAGGUAAAGACCGUGCUCAACCUCAUCAUAUUGAAAUCAUCUUAGAGCUCCCGCCCUUAUCGGACACCAUAAUCACUUAUGACUUUGAAAGAGCUUUUCUUAAAUGGACUGAAUUCCCUCCAGACGCAAAUCACGGAGUUUAUGUUGGAGCAGCAACUUUAACUUUCCAACCAACAAAUUUUCAAAAUUUAACUAUUCAUCCUGAACAUACAGAAUCUCUAGAUCCACCGACAAUCAAGAUAAAAACUGAAAAUCUUUUAGUUUCUCUACCUACUCCUGAUUUCAGUAUGCCCUACAAUGUAAUUUGUUUGGUCAGCACCGUGAUUACUCUUGCUUUUGGUCCAAUUCAUAAUUUGACCACCAAACGAGCCCGAAUUGCAAUCCAAUCUAAAGAAGGAUCAAACCUUAAGGAUCGUAUCUUCAAAUUUUUCAAACGGAGUUAGGUGCUAAGGGGAAAAGUAGACACAAUGGGAUGGAAUGUUUGAGUAAAAAAUGAAAUAACGAAUUAUUGUAAAUUAUUACAAAUUAUUUUUUGGCACUGAAAUUCAUCUUUUAUUAUUAAACUCAUCUAUUAAAGGAUGUUGAUGGUGAAA